AAGCGCCUCUAGCGGUGACAACCUAAAACACAAAUUAUUAAAAACGUAAUGGUGGCUGCCUGUGGACUAUUCCAUUGCUGACAACAUAUUUAUAAAACCGAAUGAAAACCUUCAAAAACUAAUAAAUACCCGAAGAUUGAAAAAAUCGGCCAGCAUGAAUCAAUGCUGCUUUAUAUGCAACAACCGCACGGGCCUCUCACUUAGAAAUGCGACUAGCCUGUUUGGUGAACAUAACAUAUUGACAUCUGGAAAGCGGAUCAGUGAGGUUCUGGGUGAGAUAGUGGGCAAAGCGGUCGAGGAUAACAAGGUCCACUCCAACAUCUUGUGUAAGAAGUGCCACAAGAGCUGCUCCGAUUAUGACUCCAUGCAAGUUAAAUUACAAGCUAUAAAAACAGAAUUACUAACCCAGUUCAAACUGUCUCUACAAAGUCAUAACCUAACUUAUGAAGAUUAUGAGAAGAAUGUACAGAAUUCUCCACCAAAACCCAAGCCCGCUGUGGGGAAGAAGUUUGUGUUGCCAGCAUCAAAAUUACAACCUAUACCACCGGAUUUACUGCUCAAAGUGGGGAAGUUGGCAACACUGUCGAAAAAUAAUUUGCUUGUGCCUCAGAUAAAGCCAAUAUCAGCAUCAACGCUAAACCUCAAAGUAACCGUAGGCUCUUCAGUAUUGACUCAAACUAUAAAAACAUCCACCGCUAAACCAGCAGACAAACAAACAAACGCAGACACAAACAUACUGACAACUUUAACUAACUCCUUGAAAGAAGACAUGGGAAUAACAACUUCUCAAAAUAAUAUGACUCAGAAAAGUUCUAUAUUAAGUUUCAAUGUGGACUCUUUGCCUAAGGAUUUUUUGUCUGGAUCCCUGACUAAGAUAGACUUUAAGAAUGAAGAAGAAAAAGUCGAAAACAAUGAUGAACAUAAUAUGGAGAUUGAUGAGGACUGUUUAUCCGUGAUGCCUGUAAGUAAAACUGAAAACGGGAACAUUGUACUGCAAGUUGAAGAUAUGCAGGUAAACUUUGUUUCCCAACCGGAGUCAUCAACUGAAGUGUCGGAGUACCUCAACGUGGGUCUCCCGUCGUUAUCAACAGCUGAUGAUGAAGACGUGACCGACACACAGAACUACAUCCUCGGCAAGCUGCAGAUCAUGAACGGUGAUGAUGAUGAUGAUGAUGGCCACACAAUAGUAGUGGACAGUGAAAACGGUUCCAUACUCCGCAUGAUGUCCGGACAGAAAUUCAUAUACGAAGGAGGAGAGAUCUCACUGGUCAUGCCCGAUGAGGACUCGCAGCAGGAUGGAGACCAGCUCGAGAAUGGGGACAGCCAAGAUUCGAACGAUGAGUCUCAGAUCGAGUUGCAAGUGUCCGGCGAUGAGGAAACUGCGAAUGCUAUCAUUGCGGCGGCUCAGGAACAAGGCGGCGCCUUCAUCAAGGUGGAGUCUGGCGAGAUGUUCCGCGUGAAGUCGGUGUCGUCGGCGCCGCGGCCGCCGCUGCGCGUGGUGGCGCGCGAGGCCGGCCGCUACCGCUGUCUGCUGUGCGACAGGAACGAUGCAAGUUCCCCAACACUGGGCGACGCAGAGACCAUGAUGCGUCAUCUGAAGAGCGUCCACGACGCGCGUAUCUACAUUUGCCAGUUCUGUGGAGAGAUCAUGAGAAGACGGACAGACUAUACCACUCAUAUAGCCUCGCACGCGGCUGGGCGGGCGGCGGGCGGGGCAGGCGCGCGGGCCGCCCCGCACCGCUGCGCGACGUGCGGCAAGUGCUACAGCAGCCGCGCGCUGCUGUACCUCGCACGCGGCUGGGCGGGCGGCGGGCGGGGCAGGCGCGCGGGCCGCCCCGCACCGCUGCGCGACGUGCGGCAAUACCCAACCCCUCUCCCCAGCCUCGCACGCGGCUGGGCGGGCGGCGGGCGGGGCAGGCGCGCGGGCCGCCCCGCACCGCUGCGCGACGUGCGGCAAGUGCUACAGCAGCCGCGCGCUGCUGUAGCACCAGCUAGUAUGUUAUAUAGUACCCAACCCCUCUCCCCAGCCUCGCACGCGGCUGGGCGGGCGGCGGGCGGGGCAGGCGCGCGGGCCGCCCCGCACCGCUGCGCGACGUGCGGCAAGUGCUACAGCAGCCGCGCGCUGCUGGCGGAGCACGCUAACGUGCACUCGGGCGCGCGCCCGCACGUGUGUCACGUCUGCAGGAAGGCCUUCGCCUCCAAGUACACGCAUCAGGCGCAUCUCAAGACGCACGCCUUACGCCCGCGCCCCUACAAGUGCAGUCAGUGCGGCAAGUCGUUCCUGACGCAACAGAAUUUGAACCAACACGAGAAAACUCACUCCGGGAUCAAAGACUUUGUCUGCAAUAUAUGUAAUAAAGCCUUCAGUACCCAGCAUAACUUGGAGGUCCACGGUGUGGUCCACUCCGGGAACAAGGCCUUUGCGUGCACGGCCUGCGGGAAAGCCUUCGCCAGGCGGGCAGAGCUCAGGGACCAUAUGCGGAUACAUACUGGCGAGCGUCCGUUCUCGUGUGAGACCUGCGGCGCCCGCUUCACGCAGCGCUCGAACCUGCACUCGCACCGCCGCGCCACGCACAUGGACGACAAGCGCUACGCCUGCACGCAGUGCCCCAAGCGGUUCAAGCGGAGGAGACUACUAGAAUACCAUAUCAAGGCAUCGCACACCGGCGAGAGGCCUCUGAAGUGCGAGUUCUGUCACUCGUCGUUCGUGUACCCCGAGCAUUACAAGAAACACAUCCGGAUACACAGCGGGGAGAGACCUUAUGUCUGUGAGAUCUGCGGCAAGUCGUUCAACUCCCGCGACAACCGCAACACGCACCGCUUCGUGCACUCCGACAAGAAGCCCUACGAGUGCGUCGCGUGCGGCGCCGGAUACAUGCGGAAACAGCUGCUCUACGCGCAUAUGAACAGCAGCGGUCACUUGGCUGAAUCGAUAGUUGUCAAUCAACCUCGAGUUAUAAAAGUAUCGGAAAAUAGUGUAGCACAGCCAGAGAUUCAGUAUGUCGAAGCUAAACCUAGCAAUUUUGACUCGAUAUUUGAGGCGAGUGAAUUGGAAAACAGUGUCAAGUCUGUUGUGAAAUCAGAAACUGAAACAGCUAUAGAAGGAACAAAACUAUAUAUCACAGAAGAUAAGAAGAUUAUUCUACAAGAUGAGAAAACAACAUUGAAUUUAAUACAAGACAGUGAAGAUCCGACCUUAUUGACGAUACACAACAUUGAUCGGACUGACGGAACGAUUUUAGAAGCAGUUGAUGCUGAUCAACUUGGAGACCAGGCAGAGAUCGUAGCUAACGACGAGAAUGGUGGUAUGGUGCGGCUCAUACAGAUCAAGCUGCCAGAUGGGAACAACGGCUGGGUCGCGCUCAACCGAUGACAGACAGACAUACACGCAGACACUGAAGAUCAACAUUAAUAUAUCUAUAUAACAUUA